AGCGUGUGAGUGCAGAUUGUCCAUUUUGUUUAUUGUCUACGUAUCGCCUACUGCCAGCCAGUACACAUCCACCCACCUUAAGCCAGACGCACACGUACCCAUCCUCCGUACCUCUCAUCAAUCAGUAACCGCCCGGGUACCAUCAUUAUUAUAUUAUUGCCUCCUAGUAUCCGCACCCACCUUCAUCAACGUAAACCCGGGUUCCUCUCAUCACUGCGCAUAUCAAUCGAACAACUGUCUAUCCACUCUUCUCAAUAUACCGAAGUGGCAAUAUGACAAUCGACCAAAGCCAAAUCAACUUCAAUGUUCCUUCUACUUAUAAGCUCGAAGAGAUCGUGGGUGAAGGUGCAUAUGGUCUUGUAGUAGCUGGCACCCACCUUCCCUCUGGGACUCAAGUCGCUAUCAAGCGUAUCACGCCAUUUGACCAUACCAUGUUCUGCCAACGAACGUUGAGAGAGAUCAAGCUUCUUAGGCAUUUUCAUCACGAAAAUAUCAUUUCCAUUCUUGACCUGAUUCAACCAGAAAGCUAUGAGGUAUUCAACGAAGUCUAUCUCGUCCAGGAACUUAUGGAGACUGAUUUGCACCGAGUGAUCAGAAGUCAGGAACUAUCAGAUGAUCACUGCCAAUACUUUGUCUACCAGACUCUUCGGGGUCUGAAAGCCCUCCAUUCUGCCGACGUCCUUCACCGUGAUCUCAAACCCUCAAACCUUCUGUUAAACGCCAAUUGUGACCUCAAAAUCUGUGAUUUCGGUCUUGCCCGAUCAUCUGCCAAGCCUCCACCUGGUACAUCAGACGGAGGACAGGGAUUCAUGACGGAAUAUGUCGCUACAAGAUGGUAUCGAGCGCCCGAAGUCAUGCUAUCAUUCCAAGAAUAUACCAAGGCUAUCGAUUUGUGGAGUGUAGGCUGCAUUCUUGCUGAAAUGAUCAACGGCAAGCCGUUAUUCCCUGGGAGAGAUUACCACCACCAAUUAUCUUUGAUUUUACAAGUGCUCGGUACCCCUACUAUGGACGACUUCAACGAGAUCACCUCUCAACGAUCAAAGGAUUAUCUUCGAGCACUAGAGUUCACCCGACGUCAAGACUUUUCUGCGAUUUGCCCUAAAGCCAAGCCUGCGGCGGUUGAUCUUUUAAAACAAACCCUCACCUUUUCCCCGUCCAAGAGGAUCACAGUGGAAGAAGCGUUGAUGCAUUCUUACGUCGAAGCUUAUCACGACCCGCAUGACGAACCUAAUGCUGAACCCCUAAAACCCGGAUUCUUUGACUUUGAGUUCCAUCAAGAGAAAUUGAGUAGAGAUCAAUGGAAACGAAUGAUUUACGAUGAGGUGCAAGAUCCGGUACCCACCAUCCUCUCUCAAUGGACGGAAAGCCAUUAAGGGUUGCUCCAAGGUUGAAAAGUCGUUCGAAGAUGCCCAAAGGAGAGAAACAGGGGCGGAGAAAUAGAGCUGGAGGUUUUCGAGGUUAUAAAUUAGUACACUAUUAUCCUUCUAGCGUUUCUUGUUUUUAGUGUUUUCUUUUUGUCUCCUUGAUCCACCUGUCAUUUAUUUCUGUUGGGUUGUGACUACUGGAUAACCACCAAUCACCUGGAUACCUGUCAUAUAUACCUGGAUCAUUCGAUAUACAGAUACAUACACUCCUCGUAUAUGUUUAGUAUUACUGCGCUCAUCCGCAGAAUUGUGUCUUUUUGUGCAUGGAGCUCUGUAACGUGU